UCAUCUAAACCCGACAUCUCCAACACUUGUCCUUAAGUUUUAUGUGACCCACAGGCUCCCCCAACCAUAACGCGGCAGUCGCAUGAAAACUGGCGGCACAUCCGGGAUGCACGGCAACAUGCUACACCUUUAUUUUUCACCUCUAUAAAAUGCUUUGAUACCCUUGUAUCAGCUUUCCACAAGAGAAAGAAGUCAGAAGGAACCAGUUACACGAUUGAAAAUGGCACACUUUCAGAAUCAGCAUCCUGCUACUGAAGUUUCCCAAAGUGACGAAUUUGGCAACCCUGUUCGCCAGACAGACAAGUACGGUAACCCGAUUGCCAAGCAUAAGACCGGCCGUGGAAUCGCAGGGAUUGGUGGGCAUCAUCACGGACUCCACCGCACUGACUCAAGCUCCAGCUCUAGCUCUUCCGAAGAUGAGGGAACGGGGAGGAAGAGGAAGGGUCUGAAGGAUAAGCUAAAAGAGAAGCUACCAGGUGGACAUAAGGACCAGCACCAACCUCAUCCGGCAGCAUCAACAACGACACCGGGGCAACAGCACGAGAAGAACGGAAUGAUGGAUUAGAUCAAGGAGAAGCCCCCUGGCCACCACAGCCCUUGAUUAGCUGCUUUUCUAUAAGCGAAUGUGCACUACUGUAAACGUUAAUUACCAGCAAUGAAAGAUCAUAUAUAGG